CAAGGCUAAUGAUGGUGAUCUUGAUCUGCAUCUCUAUAAGCGGAACUCAUGGGGUUGUAUAAAAGCCCUUCGCAUACUAAGCCUUAUCAACACUCUAUUUUGUGCGUUUCUUUGGAUAAUUUCUCUGAUCAACUUAGUAAAUCAUGCGUUUAUUCGUGAUUUUGUCUUUGAUUGCUGUGGCUUAUGGUAGGCCAGAUGUGAGCUUGGGAUACAGCUACAGUCCUGUGAAUGAUGGCUCCUCUGGUGCAGCCUCCGUAGAUCAACCAUUCCUUGCAGCACCAUUAAACAGUAACAUCUUUUCGUCCGGAGGAGGUUCAAAUCAUAUUGUAAAUGCUCCAAUUCAACGAGGAUCACUGCAAGCACCAUUGGUGACAAAACAAUUUUUCUUGCACUCCGCUCCUGAAGAUCACGAGAUUAAGCAUAAGCAUUUUGUUCUGGGACGUCCUCAGAAAAAUUAUCGCGUUGUAUUCAUCAAGGCACCUAAAUCCACAAACGCAAAUGUUCGCCUAUCGGCUGAGUAUGCACCAAUUGAGGAGAAGACUCAGAUUUACGUCCUUACUCAGAAGGAAAACGAACUGGAUGUCAACAAUAUUGCUACCCCAGCACCAACGCAACCAAGCAAACCCGAAGUAUUCUUUGUUAAAUACAGGACUCCCGAAGAAGCUCUUCAUGCUCAACAAAAGAUCCAAGAACAAUAUGAUUCAUUGGGAGGAUCAAGCCAAAUUUCUGAUGAAGGAACUGCUCCAGUGAGUUCAGUAAUCGGUGCAUUGGGCAAAGACAAUUCUGAAUUGUCGCAAUCAUCAUCAAAUCAAGACGACGUAGCUGCUGUCAGUUCAGGAUCAUAUUUACCACCAAGUGCCAGCUACCUUCCACCAGGAAGGCACUAAUCGUGUUGUUUUAGAAAACAAAAAAGUUUAAACACCAAAGGAACUCUUAGAUAAUGAAAUUGUCUUUAUAUUUCAAGCCAUAUACACUUAUUAACAUAUUUAAAUUAAUUUAAAAUAAAUUUAAAAAUGUAAAUCA